AUGACGACGAAUCCUCCUGCUCCUCCUCUGUUGCAUCAGUCAUCAUCUCCAUCGUUGUUAUCACUCCCAGAUGAAAUCAUUGUGGAUUGCUUAGCACGCAUCUCCAAAUCUGAAUACCCUUCCCUCUGCUCAGUCUCCAAAAGAUUCUACUCUCUCCUCUCCUCUCCGGAGACUACGCGGCUCGAUCACAAACCGGAGCCACAGAGCCUCGCUUCUAUAAACGGUAAGAUUAAGGGAGAGUCAGGUUUAGUACCGAUAACACCGUCUUCCUCCGACUCUCCUGCACUAUUUGCGUCAACGCUUGUAACCGUCGGUCCCGAAAUCUACCAUAUCGGCAGACAAAACAAGAAAAAAGAACUAUCCAAAGCCGUUCAUGUGUUUGAUUGUCGGACUCACACGUGGCGUCGUGCUCCUGGCAUGACGGUGGGAAGGAAACGCGCCGACUGUUGUUUCUAG